AUGGAACUUAGUAAAGAGGCUAGGUGCGGAGACCUCGAAGACAAACCUAACCGACAAAGUAAGUCCUAACGAUGUUGCAACUAGAUUAAUGAGAGUGGUCAAGAUCAAAAUGGACUAAGAACAAAAAACAGACAUUAAGAAACGCUUACGGUCAAAAAAGAAGGAGAUGGUAACAAGUGCAAUCUACAGCUCGGAAUUCUCUACAGACGAGAUUAGAAUGGUACUUAAAGAAAUAAAACUGAAUAAAGCAGCUGGGUUUGAUGGUAUAUAUUCGGAAUUUUUUAAGCAUAGUGGCCAUAAAACGCAAGCAUGGCUAGCUGCUUUUUGUAGUGACAUCUUGGACACGGCGACUUUGCCGAAGUUGUUCAAAAAGACUAAAAUCAUUGCAAUCCUUAAGCCAGGGAAACCGGCUACUGAUCCAACACACUAUCGUCCAAUCUCGCUACUAAGUACUACAUAUAAAAUUCUUGAGAGACUGAUUCUUAACCGAAUCCGGCCAGAAAUUGUGAAAAUAUUACCAGUUGAACAGGCAGGAUUCCGGACAAACCGUAGUUGUGCUAAACAAGUCCUUGCGCUAACUACCCUGAAUGAAAAAGGUUUUCAAAACAAUCUAAAAACAAAUGUAGCAUUCAUUGACUUUACAGUAGCGUAUGACACGGUGUGGAGACAUGGACUGUUAUACAAGCUGGCUAACGUAAUUCCCUGCAAAAAUAUAUUGACAUUCGUAGAAAACAUGUUAACCAAUCGCAGAUUCCAAGUUUUUAUGAGGGAUAAAAAGAGCAGGUGGAGAAUAUCCAACCCCAUACGUACCCCUAAUACCCCUAAUACCCCUACGUUAUUCAACCUUUAUAUCCAUGAUCUACCCAUUACGCCCAGUUUUAAAUUUCAAUAUGAAGACGACAUAGCUUUGGCUUACCAGUGCAAGGACAUGGGUGCAGGGAACGAAAUGUUGACCAAGGACCUAAAAAUAAUGAGCGAUUAUUUUUAUAAGUGGAGAUUAAAUCCCAACCCGUCCAAGACAGAAAUAUGUGCUUUCCAUCUCUAUAACAGACAAGCGGAUCGUGAGUUUCAG